GCGGCGAGAAGCGAUUCCUACCCGGAGUCUUAAGAGAGGAGUGCCCAGCCGGAGAAGCCUAUUAGCCGAGCGCCGCCACGUGACCCGGAUGCGUGCUCUCGAGCUGCGGUCCCCCUCUUACCGCGGCGGCGGCGGCAGCAUGGGGAAAAAGAAGACGACGGCUUCGCCGGGGCUCGGCCGGGCCCUCAUCCGGCAGCGCACGCAGGGCCGUGGGAGCCGCCAGGCUGAGGCCGGAUGGCUGCACACCAGUGAACUGAACGACGGGUAUGACUGGGGAUGCCUCAACCUUCAGUCUGUCACAGAGCAGGACUCGCUGGAAGAGUUCCUGGCCACAGCUGAACUGGCAGGCACCGAAUUUGUGGCAGAGAAAUUGAAUAUCAAAAUAGUUUCUGCAGAAGCUCAUACUGGGCUCCCAACAGCAGAAGAGACCAAAAACAUUCAAGACCUGCAGGAGCAAAACAAGCAAUUCCUGUGCAUUCCAAGAAGGCCACCCUGGGACCAGCAUACUAGUCCUGAAGUGUUGAACCAAGCAGAGAGAGACAGCUUCCUGGCGUGGAGGAGACAGCUUGCCCGGCUAGAGGAGGAACACAAGCUACUUUUAACCCCCUUUGAACGGAAUUUGGAUUUUUGGCGUCAGCUGUGGCGAGUCCUUGAAAGAAGUGACGUGGUGGUGCAGAUAGUAGAUGCCAGGAACCCCCUUCUGUUCAGAUGCCCAGACUUGGAACUUUACGCCAGAGAGAUUAGCCCAGAGAAAGAGAACCUCAUUCUCUUGAACAAAGCCGACCUGCUGAGCGAGGAGCAGCGCUCUGCCUGGGCCCGAUUCUUUGAGGAGGAAGGGGUGAAAGUGGUGUUCUGGUCGGCCCUGGCGGAAGGGAAGCGGCUGACGGCUGCUUCUAAGGGGGCUGAAGCUGUGGAGGAGCCGGGCCUGGAGGCCGAGUUUUCCAGCCAGAGGGAAGGGCGAGCCUCCCCCUUGAGCAGCCAGGAUGGAAGUGAGACGGAAGAGAGUGACCGUGAGGAAGACAGUGACGUGUAUGAGGACUGUGAGGAGGAGGAGGACGAGGAGGAGGCCUGGCUGACCUGCUCCGAAGAGGAAGACCAUGGGACCGCUUUCGCCGAGCCUUCAGGCGGCCAGACCGCUGGCCCUGAGCUCCAGAAGCCGGGACCCUUGCAGGACCGGCCUGUUCGAAACAGCAGCCGCUUAGUGCAAAGGGAGGAGCUUCUGGAGAUAUUCCGAUCGGUUCAUGCCGGGAAGAGGAAGGUCAGAGAGGGAGAGGUCACUAUUGGACUGGUGGGCUACCCCAAUGUUGGAAAAAGCUCAACCAUCAACACCAUCCUCGGGAAGAAGAAGGUCUCCGUCUCUGCCACCCCUGGCCACACCAAGCAUUUCCAGACGCUCUACGUAGAGCCUGGCCUUUGUCUCUGCGACUGCCCUGGCCUGGUGAUGCCCUCCUUUGUCUCCACAAAGGCGGAGAUGAUCUGCAGCGGCAUCCUGCCCAUCGACCAGAUGAGGGACCACGUCCCCCCAAUCUCCCUCAUCUGCCAGCGAAUCCCCCGUCCCAUCCUGGAAACUACCUACGGCAUCAACCUCAUCCGGCCUCGAGAAGAUGAGCCACCCGACCGACCGCCAACAUCGGAGGAGCUGCUCACGGCUUACGGGUGUAUGAGAGGCUUCAUGACAGAUCACGGGCAGCCGGAUCAGCCCCGCUCGGCCCGCUACCUCCUGAAGGACUACGUCAUGGGUAAACUGCUUUACUGUCAUCCACCGCCUGGAAUAGACCCCUGCCACUUCCAACUCUGGGACAGAGAGGAUGCCUCAAGCAAACGCACACCGCGGGAUGCGGGACUGCACCCUGGAGGGAACCCCAAAGGGAAGCAGAUAGAAAACCUUGUGGACGCAGCAUUUUUCCAUCAGGGGAAUGUCCGUGCCUUGACCCGAGGCCGCCCGUCUGCGCUGGGCUGCAGCGGAAGCAGCCGCCUGCCAGGGCCCUCCACCUCCAACGGGCAGGAGGCCCCCGGAAAGCCCUGGAAGAGACACGGCAACAGGAACAAGAAGGAGAAAGUUCGUCGCCUCACCAAGAACUUGCAGGCUUGAAGGGUGGGCGGUGUGUGUGUGGGGGGGCACUGUGCUCCUCUCUGGGCUGGCGGGAGUGUGGGGAGAGGGAGGGGGCCUCCUCAGCCGCUCGCCAUCAUGCCCACCCCCGCCAGCUCCUCUUCGCAGACCCUGUGCUCCCUCCAGCGGGUUGCCCGCCGCGUGCCCGAGGGCUGCUCACAGGCCAGCCACGGCCUUUAGGAAGAUGCCCUUGGCUCUUUUCCUGGCAAGCAGGGAGCGCAAGAGCCAGUUCUUCUGGUGUGUGUGUGUGUGUGUGGGCGGGGGCAAUGGGGAAUAAAAGGUGACUUCCUUUCUCUUCU